AUGGCUUCAAAUUUAAAUAUUUCUAUGGAUAAUUAUGAAAAAAGACAGAAAAAUAUUAAUAGUGUACUAAGUGAUUAUGUAAUAACUUCAACAAUCGGCUUAAAAUGCAAUAAAACUACGACUCAAAAAUUGCGAAUUAUGUACUUUACAGUAAUAGAUAAUAUGUUGAGUGAAAUGAAAAAAAGAUUUAACAACAAUUCAGAAUUUUUAAUUGCUAUUUCAGUAUUCAAUCCGAUAUUGACCAAAUUUUUAAUUGAUGAUUUUGUUUUAAAGUGUAUAAAUUAUUAUGGAGAUGAUAAUUAUUUCUCUGACCAAGUAAUAAGUCAAAGCAAAUUAGCAAAAAAUAUGUAAAGUAGUUGCAAAAAUAACAUAGAUUUUUACAACGAAAUAUGCAUUAUGGGGCAGUCAUUUGGAGAAAUUAAAAAAGUCAUUGAACGAGUGUUAGUUAUACCUGUAAGUUCAGCAUCGGCCGAAAGAAGUUUUUCAUCAAUGAAAAGGAUAAAAACUUAUUUACGAACAUCUAUGUCUAAUACACGUCUUCAUAAUUUAGCGUUAAUUUCUAUUGAGAGGGAGUUAAGACUUACAAUAGGACAAGACAGCUUACAUAACAUCAGUAAUAACAACGGAACCAGACUGGUAAAUUUCGCCUCUUCGAAAGACCUUAUAAUUAGUAGCACAUAUUUUCCCCGGAAAUGCAUACACAAACAUACAUGGAAGUCACCUGAUGGUAGGACGCAAAAUCAAAUGGACCACAUACUAAUAAGCAAAAGGCAUGGUAGCUGUAUUCAGAAGGUGAGAUCGUAUAGAGGAGCCGAUGCAGAUACCGACCACUACCUACUGUAUGCAAAGUUCACUCUAAAACUAUCAGUAAAAUGGAAAAUGACAUCAAAAAAAGCCACAGAAAGAUUCAAUGUACAAACAUUAGAAAAUAUCGAAAUAAGUAGAAAGUACGCCGAAAAUCUACGACAAAACCUAGAAAGGACUAAUAGUCACAUAGAAAAGACGAAUGACAGGAAGGUUUGUGUAAACAGUAGAUGGACACAAAUAAAACACGUAAUGACUUACAGCGCAAAUCAAAUUUUGGGAAUGGAGAAAAAGCAGCGGAAAAAAGACUGGUUCAAUGAUUUAUGUAGUGAUGCCAUAACCAAGAGAAAUGAAUUGAGAAAAAUAUUAUUGCAAAAUCCCUCACAGGAAAAUAUCGAUAUUUUCAAAGAACAAAGUAGGCAGACAAACAGAAUUUUAAAAAGAGAGAAACGGCUACAUCAAAAGAAAAAGAUAGAGGAGAUUGAAAGGAAUAGAUUCAAUGCGAGAAAGUUUUUCAAUGAAUGCGGAAGUAUCAAAGCUGGUUUCAAACCAAAGACAAGAAUACUUUCAGAUGCUGUCGGAAACCUAAUCACAGAAGAAAAGGAGGUAGUGAGCCAUUUCAAAGAAUACUUUUAUCAGCUUUUAAAUCAACCAGUAGUAGAGGAAACCAACGAAACUGUCUAUUACUAUACAGCAGAACCAAAGAUAGAAAAACCUAAACAAGAAGAAAUCGACAAUAUAAUUAAUAAGCUUAAGAUUAAUAAAGCACCUGGAGAAAACAAUAUAGUGGCGGAGUCACUGAUUAAAGGUGGGGCUGAAAUAAGAAGAGAAAUUAUGGAGUUGAUUUCAAUUAUAUGGGAUACAGAAACCCCUCCAGAGGACUGGAAUACUGCAAUAAUAUGUCCUAUAUUAAAAAAGGGGGGACCGAUCAAAACAAAGAACUACAGAGGUAUAUCUCUAUUGGACACGUGUUACAAAGUGUAUACGUCAUUAAUACUAGAAAGGAUUAACCCAUAUGUUGAAGAAAUAGUCGGGGAAUAUCAAAGUGGCUUUAGAAAAGGUAAAUCGUUAUAGGACAAUAUUUUUACUCUGAGACAGAUAAUGGCUAAGUUUUAUGAAUUUGAUAAAGAACUGCACCUUAUAUUCAUAGACUAUAAGCAAGCUUAUGAUAGCAUUGAUAGAGACAAACUAUGGAAAGCACUGGAAGUACUAGGCAUUCCUAAAAAAUACGUAAGUCUUAUAAAAGGAUGUAACAAUAGAACUGUUUGCAGAGUGCGUUUCCUGCAAGAAAUGUCUGAAACCUUUGAGGUGAAAUUGGGUCUUAGACAAGGUGAUGCUCUAUCACCAACCUUGUUUAAUUGA